AUGAGAAAGUGGGUUAUGUGUUUGGCAAUGAUUUGUGUGGUAUUCCAUCAAUCUUCAUCACACUUCAUCAUCCCAAACAGCCUGACUAGACGACAACUCACAAACUAUCAAGAUGUCACCAAACAACGAAGUUUAGAUGCCUUACAAAAAACUACGAAUGGAAUUGUGAAUCCAAGGGAUGUCUUGAUUCUAGCUAGACAAGUUUUGGAUAUGAUGAUUCAUGUGACAGACAGGGAAGACUACAAACGAGCUGAGAACAUUAAAUAA